AUGGCAAAAAUGAGUUUCUCUUCCUACAUAUUAAUACUAACUUUUUCUUUGCUUUCUCAAGGCAUUUCAUUUUCAGCAUCCAAGUCGAUAAGAAAUUUAGAUGAUGACAUAGUAUUUAAAACGUUGAGGCUGGGGAAAGCCUUUCAGAAGGAAGAUACCGCAGAAAAAUCAAUUGUUGUUCCUUCCCUGGAGCAAUAUAAAAAUGAUGAGAGCAGUUUCAUGAAUGAUGAGGAAAACAAAAAUUCAAAGAAUGCGGGUUCCAAACAUAAUUUCUUAAAUCAUGGCCUGCCACUCAAUCUGGCUAUAAAACCUUAUCUUGCACUAAAAGGAUCUGUAGCUUUUCCAGCUGAGAAUGAAGUUCAAAAUACUGAAUCAACACAAGAAAAGAGAGAAACUGGGGAUGAAGAAAACUCAGCUAAGUUUCCUAUAGGAAGGAGAGAUUUUGACAGUGAGUAG